AUGACCAACCCUAAAUCUUCCCGCCCGAUGGACGGUGCUGCUGCUCGUCGUAUCAUGUCUACGGCUUAUGGCAACUCAGGCUCGGUCGAGAGUGGCUCCUUUGCUGCUCGUGCUCAGUCGGCAGCUCAGCGCAAUAUGAACAAUGGUGUUGUGCCAGGAUGGAGUGCGAGUGCCAAUAGUGGCGCCUCCAAAGGCAGUGGCGGUUAUAUCCGUGGUAGCGGCUCCAACAAGUUUGAAGCGAUCAAGUUGUGUCUGACAUUGAUUGCUGUUGCCGUCAAGGGUCUUGUUUCAAGGCCUUAG